AUGUCGGCUACAGUCUCCACCGCUCAGAAUCAACGUCAGGGGCCACCUGAAAACUUGCUCUAUGUGUUUGUUAUCAGCCGACACGGCCAACGUACUCCCGUUAUACCCUGUAAGAAACUGUUCAAAAAGGAGCCCACGGACUACGGCCAGCUGACAGCAAAUGGUCGAGAGCAGACCUUUAGGCUUGGCCAGUUUCUGCGAGACCGCUACAAGCUGUUUCUGGAGGCCUCAGGAAAAACUGGUCAGGUGCUCGCCACCCAUGUCGGCCUGGAUCGGUGCCGAGACAGCGUGAAAGAAACCUUGCGGGGCCUGGGUGUGCCCGCGGCUGCGACGAACGUCGACCCGACGGUGUACGACGUGCCGUUCCUCCUCGACAGCCUGAAUGCCAACUUGGACAAGGCACUUAAAGAACCGGGUCGAGGCAACUUCGCGACGUUGGGAGACUUGAUCGCCUUCGUCGCCGAGAAGACGGGUGCACCGUUGCAGAACAACACGGAGAAGUUUCUCGUCAUGGACAGCCUGGUGACCUACGUCUUCAACGGGAAUCCCGUUCCGGAAUGGGCCAAGCCCUUGUGGGACGACUUACUGUGGGCGGACCAGAGGGUGUUUGUGCGGUCACUCGUGGGUUACGAGCAGCCGUUCGCAGCUUAUGUGCUGGGACGUGUUCUGGACACCCUCGCGGUCAAACUCGAAGAGGGCGUCGAGCGGCCGGACAAGAUGCACCUUUUCUCCAUGUCCGACACGAAUGUGUUUUCGGCGCUCAAGCUUCUAAACACGUCGCCCGGAGGUCGACCUUGUUUUUGCGCCAGCAUCCUGAUCGAGGUGUACAAGGAUGGCCCCAAGGACUUUGUGCGAGUGUUGUACCGCACAAAAGAUGAGCCUUGUGUAGUUCACAUGGAAAAGGUGGGGAACCCUUGCGAGCUGAUCAGGUUUCUGGAGUUUCUGCGCAGCGUUCUGAAGACGCCUGGGCAUAAAAUUUAG